AUGGCUCCUUUGAUCCUAUUCGACCUGCCCACCAAGGGCCACCGCGUCUGCUGGUCGCUGAACCCGUGGAAGACCCGCAUGGCCCUCAACUACAAGAACAUCGAGUACGAGACGGAGUGGCUCGAAUACCCAGACGUCGCCCCGACGCUGAAGGCGAAGGGCCUGCCGCCCAAUGAGGGUGACCCCAACACGGUCAUCCCAUACACCAUCCCAACCGUUCAAUUCCCCGACGGCACGUACGUCAUGGAUAGCCUCGAGAUCGCCCGCGAGCUGGAGAAACGCUAUGCCAACGUCGGGCCCUCGCUGCGGCUGGAUGCCCCGGUCGUCGCCCAGGUAAUCGACGCCAUUCCCAAGGUCAUGAAGCCGCUGGCCGGCGCGCUGCUGCCGCGCUGUCCGCGAGUCUUGCUAUCCGAGAAGAGCGCGGCCUACUUCUACGAGACGCGCAAGGAGCGCUUUGGCAUGUCGCUCGACCAGUAUGAGGCCGAAAAGGGCGGCGAGCCGGCGUGGGCGGACGCGAAGCAGCCGAUUGAGAACCUCGCCGCUCUCUUGAAGCAGACGACGGACGGACCUUACUUCCUGGGCAAUGAAGUGUCGUACGCGGACUUCAUUGUGGCUUCGUUACUCCGCUGGGUGAAGUUGCUUGGUCUCGAGUUGUACGACCGUUUUGUCGCUCAUGACAAGGCGUUGGAUGAUCUCUACAAGGCCUGUGCCAAGUGGCUUGAGCGGGACGAUCACUGA